AUGAACGCCGACGAGCUCUUCAACAUAGAAGGCGUGCCCUGCUACGUCGUGUUCACCGCCGACGGGCCCAUCGAAGGGGGCGACCCCGAUGCGUACUUCCAGCGGCGCAGCAGCGGGAUAAUAGCCGACAUCCACGACGCGCUCGAGGAGGGCAAGGAAAACCUGGUCGCCCACAACACCUCGUCCAACGUCAUCGAGCUCGAAAUCGUCGACAAGGAGCCGGAGGCGGACAAGGAGGCCGAGGAGCUGCCGCUGCUGGAGCGCACGAUGAACGAGGAGGUCGAAGCGGAAGCAGGAGGGCUGAGCGGCAUCGCAAAGCAGAUGGCGCAGCUCUCGAUGUUUGGCAACGAGCCGAAGCGUGUCCGCCGCUCGCAGAUGGAGUUCCAGGCGAUGGUCAAGGAGAAGGAGGCAAAAGAAGAAAAGAAAACGGAGGACCGCGGCAACACCUACAAUCUGCGCCCACGCAGCAGCUCCAACACGCGCGCCGGCUCCUCCUCGCAGCAGCAAAGCCAAAUUUCGUUCGCCGGGCGCCGUCUCCUGCUCCUCUCGCUCGUCGGGCCCCGUCUCCAGCGCCACUUGUCCGAGGCCGGGCACCAUCUCCAGCCGCACAGCGCCGCGCCCCAUCGCCGGCCGCCCGUCCAGUCAAGCCUGUGGUCGGGAAGCGCGUGCCAGGGCCAUCUACCACUGCUGCCGGGCCCUCGGGAAGCCGUCAAGUUAUCGUCGAGCGCCAAUCGCGCCCUCUUCUGCCAAAACGUCUUGCCGAUCAGCAGCUGGGUCGAGCGCCUUUCGCAGCCCAAGUUGACGCCGGCCGUCAUUGCAGCCCGGGAGCGCCGCCGAACCGCUGAUGUUGCUGGGCCCUCACGACCAAAAUGGCAAGUGUUUUCC